AUGGCCCUUCAUCAGUUCGAUUAUAUCUUUGCGAUCGCCAUGAUCUUUGCGUUUCUUGACGCUUGGAACAUUGGUGCUAACGAUGUAGCCAACUCGUUCGCUUCUUCGGUUUCGUCUCGUUCCCUCAGAUAUUGGCAAGCUAUGAUCCUUGCGGCUAUUUGUGAGUUUUUAGGAGCCGUGCUUGUUGGUAAUCGUGUGAGUGAUACCAUCAGAAACAAAAUUAUUGAUGUCAAGGUGUUCGAAGCAGACCCUGCCGUUCUCAUGUUAACCAUGGCCUGCGCCUUGAUUGGUUCUUCUCUUUGGUUGACCAUAGCCACUUCUGUUGGUAUGCCUGUCUCCACCACUCACUCGAUUGUGGGUGCUGUUAUUGGAUCCUCAAUUGCGGCUAAGGGUGCUAAAAAUAUUGUGUGGGGUUGGGAUGGUGUUUCACAAAUCAUUGCAUCUUGGUUUAUCGCUCCUGUUAUUGCCGGAUGUUUUGCCACCAUCAUCUUCUUGAUCUCCAAAUUUUUCGUUCUUGAGCGUAAGAACUUUUCAACCUCGCUUAAUAAUGCCCUUUUGUUGGUUCCUUGCUUGGUGUUCAUCACUUUCAGUAUCUUGACUAUGUUGAUCGUGUGGAAAGGUGCUCCAUCUCUUAAUUUGGAUGAGCUUUCAGAUGGUGCUCUCGCCGGUUCCAUUAUCGGAGUUGGUGCUGUUGCAACCCUUUUGUACAUGAUCUUCUUCUACCCAUUUUACCGUCGGAAAUUAGUACACAAUGACUGGACUCUCAGAUGGUUUGACGUCUACAGAGGACCAACUUUCUACUUUAUGUCAACUGACAACAUUCCACCCAUGCCUGAAAACCAUCAAUUGACCAUCGACUACUAUAAGGGCCGUCGUCCAGAAGAACCAAAACCUCAACAAGAUACUAAGGCGGAUUCCGUGGAUAUUGAGCUGGUAUCAGUAACCACCGAUCACUCAGUUCCUCAACAAACUACCAGACAACUCUGGUUCCUGCUUUUGAAGCAAGGUCCCAAAAAGUGGCCUUAUUUAUUGUGGUUGGUUGUCUCCCAUGGAUUUACCAAGGAUGUCAUUUCUACUCAAAUGAAUGGUGGUGCCUUGGCAGGUGAUCUCCGUGCCGUUCACGGAAAGUCAAAGAUUUACGACAACCGUAUUGAAUUCUUGUACUCUUUGCUUCAGGCCAUCACCGCUGGUACCAUGUCUUUUACCCACGGUGCUAACGAUAUUGCCAAUGCUACUGGUCCUCUCGCAACUGUCUACUUGGUUUGGAAGAGCAACACUGUUGCCUCAAAAGCCGAUGUUCCUGUUUGGGUUUUGUGUUACGCUGCUGCUGCUUUAGUCAUUGGAUGCUGGACUUAUGGUUACAGAAUCAUGGCUAACUUGGGUAACAAGUUGAUUCUUCAAUCACCAUCCAGAGGAUUUUCCAUCGAGCUUGGUGCCGCUAUUACCACUGUGAUGGCUACUCAGCUUUCGAUUCCAGUCUCCACAACUCAAAGUGCUGUUGGUGCCACCGUAUUUAUUGGAUUGUGUAACAGAGACUUGAAAGCCGUCAACUGGCGUAUGGUUAUUUGGUGUUACUUGGGAUGGAUCUUUACCUUGCCAAUGGCUGGUAUUAUUGCCGGAAUCAUCAAUGGUAUCAUUCUCAACGCCCCUCACUUGGGAGGAAACUAUCAAAUGCAAUAG